CAUUUAAUUUGGUCACUGAGCCAUGAUGAAGAUAAACUCCACGUAUAAAUGCAUCGCAUUUGACUCGUGAAAAGGCUGUAAUACUAUAAUUAAUGGAGCAUUAGACUCUAGGCCUAUAUUUACACGUAUUUGAUAAAAGCAAGUCUUCAAAUAAAGUUUGGACCAUGUCUUUCAGCAUCAUCAGCAUCAUGAAGUUGCCUUCACCCUCCCUCAUUGUCUGUGCAAUAAUCCUCACAAAUCUACCCUGGGACUGCUUAGCUCGGCCUGCUGUAAUUCCAGAUGACGGAAAACUGAAAAUGGAUGAGAAUGGCGACGGUAAAAACAUUCCAGGUGUACCCAAUCCUGAAUUAUUUCCAAACAAUCACAUUGAUGCUGUGAAGAUGGAGAGAAAUGGAGCGCUGAAUAAAGAUUUCCAACAGGAGCUGUUUUGGGGUCCAGCCCAUGAGGAGAUGACUGACGUACGGGAGGAGGAGGGCAGACUGCGGCUCAUGGAAAUAUUUAAAUUGGCUGACAGAGACGAGGACAAGUUUCUAACGAUGGAUGAGCUUGCUGCCUGGAUUGAGGAGAAGACAGCGGAACAUUAUUCUGAAGCUGUUUCAUCCAGCCGUCAAGGGUUCCCACAAGUAGAUACCAACAAAGACGGGUAUUUACAGUGGGAUGAAUACAGGGAGCAGUUCUUCAAGCAUAGAGGUUUAGAUGAAGAGAAGCUCAAAGCCUACAGGGAAGGCAAGCUCAGUAUUGAUGAGACAUUAGAACAGGACUAUGCCAUGUAUCGUGAUCGAUGGGACCGGGCGGAUGAGGACAAUGAUAACUCUCUGAGCGUGGAGGAGUUCUUGGCCUUCCUUCAUCCAGAGCACUGUAAGAGUAUGCUUAGCAUGCUGGUUGAGGAAGUCUUACAUGAUCUCAAUCAAAAUGAUGAUACUGCUCUGAACCUCCGGGAAUUUCUCUCCCUUCCUGACGAUGCACACUUGGACUUAGGUAAAGCAGCCAAUGACGAUGAAUGGGUCAGGGAGAGGAAGAAUGAGUUUGAAGAAAACAUCGACUUGGAUGGAGAUGGGAUAGCAACAUUUGAAGAAUUAGAAAAAUACAUGGACCCACGCAACAAGCAACAUGCAGAGAGUGAAGCCAGACAUCUGAUGGGAGUGGCUGAUAUGGAUGGAGAUGGGAAGCUAUCACCAAGGGAAGUCAGCAAUAGUUACUUUGUUUUCUUGGGCAGUAAAGUCUACAACUAUGCCAGAAACGUCCAUGAUGAGUUCUAGACCACCUCUAGGGUCCUGUUUCAUCAAAUCUGUUUCAUAAAGUAGAGUAGACAUUAUUGGAUUACUUGUUGAGCACAAGGCUCAUCUGCCAUAUUCAAAUCGCGUAAGUCCAGGUUAUUUUCUCACAUAUUACCGGCCACAUCUACUAUUUUAGUUUAUCUGAUAACAAUAUGUGUAAAGCGUUUAAAGAUGUUAUCUCAUAUUAACUGUUUUAUUUUUCAGAUUUAUUUAUUUAUUUAUUAUUAUUUGAUUUCAGGCCCUCCUAGAGCUUUGAUCAAAACAAAUAUUAAUUAAAAUUAUACUUUUUAUGUCAGUUUAUGUUCACGAUACCAUUAUACUUGUUACAAGUAUGAUAGUAUCGUGAACAUAAACAGACAUCAAAAGUAUAAUUUACCAAAUAUCUUGGACUUGCCCAUUAACAGAUCAUAAUUUUAUAUAACCUACUAAACUUGAUGAACAUGAUUGGCUGCGGGCAAAUUCUAAUUAGAAUAUUGACCCUUGUUAAUACAUGAAACAGGGUCCUGCGUAGGCAUUUACCAUGCUGACUAGUUGAGCUUUGAGAUAACAAAAAAUAAGUGAAGAUGUGCUUAAUGAGGCCAAACAAGAAUCAGGAGUACUAUAGAAUGAGAAUAACUUGUUUGGAUAGCUGGUCUUUCUGUACAGGUUUCACUAUUAGAUUUUGGAUUAUUGACCUUUGAGUCAAGAUAUAACCUCAGUAACACUGCCAAACCCACCCCAGACCAAUUUCAACCAAUCAACUUUGUGCUUUGGUCCUUUGUUGCUCCGGCGUUGGUCUCUCGGUGUGCCUGGUGUAUCAACAUUCACCAAUGGGGGCCAUUGCAACAUGUUUGGUUGUUAUAUUGCCUGCAAAGAGCCAAAAGUACACGAUUAUCAUAUUCUGCUGGGAGUCUUAACCAAAAGUUGAUGGAUUAUUAGAAUUUAGGAUCUCCUGAUACAAAAUCAACAAAGAUUAAAUACCAUUUUGCUACAAAUGGUGAUGGCAAAAUCGAUAAAUUAAUUGAGGCAAGUAAACAUUUAUUAAAAAAAUGAACAAGAUCUAGGAAUAUUAUAUGGUAACAAGAGCAAUAGAAGACCUGCAAGAUUGUGUUACUAUUCAGCAUUUUUUUUGCCAAAACUUAGAUCGUGCCCUUCUUGUUCUCAGCCGCAGAAAGUGCUUAUAACUUGAAAAGACUUCCUAUAUGCUUCUUUAUUUAAAUUAUCACUCGAACAAAUAAUGUAUCAGUUAUAUCUGUUUAAAAACUUUAGAUACAGAUGAAAGAUCUAUAUUGUAUAUAUUAUCUAAGUGGUGGAAGGAUUUACAGAGGGAGGGAGAGAGAGAGAGAGAGAGAGAAAGAGAUAGAGAGAGAGAGAGCACUACAUGUAUUUUUUAUUUUGUAUAUACAUGUAAAGCUGCUUUUGCAUAACAUUCAUUUUGCCUUUACCUACAGUGUACUAACAUACACAUUGCAUUUCCAAAUGAAAAAAAGGAGUAUUUUGAUGAGUGCUUUGUUUCAGGUGAGAUAUACGGUAGUAUUUUUCUUUUGUUUUCAUUGUGCAUUUCACCAUUAAAAAAUAAACACAUGGUGGCAUUAAUUAAAUUAGAUAUUUAACCAAUAUUACCCCCAAAGAAUAAUGAUUUUUAUUGAUUCUGAAUAUUUACAGCUCCAUUUUUAUGAAAAGAAAACACUGUG